GUUUUAUCAUAAAUUUUCUAUUUUAUUAUAAAUUUUCUCACUUCAGAAACAAAGAAAAGAUUGAUCCGAAAGAAAUCAACGUUUUCAAGUGUCAUCUUGAUCUUAACUUAUGUUCUGAGAGGAUAAGACAGUAGUGUAACGAGGCUGGGACCAGGACUCAAUCAACCUUGUUAAAUUUCUCUAGUUGGGUUUACCACCACAAUACACCAGGAUGGACAGCAGAGACGGAAACGUUCAACAAAAUCACCCCACCCUUUGCAGAAACGGGUGCGGGUUCUACAGUAAUGCUGGGAACGAAGGUUUGUGCAGUGUCUGCUACAAGGAUCUAGUAAAGAAGAAGCAGGCCCCGCCCACCAAUAUGCCGGCCAGCCUUGCACCUACUCCAGGAAGCAUGGCUAGUCUCUCUAUUGAAGACGGAAAUGGCUCUGCAGCUUUUGGAGCAGCUUUCGGCGGAGGAGCAUUCGGAUCCGGAUCCAGUAUCGAGACUGGUGUCCCAACUGUAACUACUGUACCGGAGAAGGUUGAAGAGGUUUGUGUAGCUCCAGGUGGGGGUGGAGAGCAGGAGGGUCAGGAUGGAAAGAAGAAGAAGAACAGGUGCCUGUCUUGCAAGAAAAAAGUGGGACUAACCGGUUUCACAUGCAGAUGUGGCGGAUUGUUCUGCUCCAUACACCGCUACUCAGAUAAACAUGUUUGUGGAUUCGAUUAUAAGGCUCUUGGAGCUGAGGAGAUCAGCAAGAGUAACCCUGUAGUUGUUGCUGAGAAGGUUGCUAAGAUUUAGGAACAUCCAGUAGAAUAUAUUGCUAGUGUAAAUGGUCUCUGGUGUCUUCUCUCAUCUUUCUGUUAAAUCACGUGGAAGUCCUCAACCUUCCGCCUUAGUAUUCCGCUUUUACCUGGCGGUAUAUCCUCUCCGCCUUGGAUAGAAUGUACCCGCCUAUGUAGUGGCGAAUGUCCUGGCAAGAAGGAUGGAGUCUAUAUGAAUAUCGGGAACCGUUAUUAACGGCGCGUGAUUCUACUCCCGGAACAAUAUAUUCUAAACUACCCUUGUGAUAUAAUAGUUGGAAGCUGCGUGUUUUGGUAUGCGUGAAUCAGCGUAAAUAAUACAGUUAAUCCAAUAUUAAAAUAUUCAACUAAUAAAACAACUGGACUGAA